CACUUAGUGCAAUGGCUUUGAAAAUGUAAUUAAUGAAGCGUCGUCAUGCUCAUACUGAUUUUCGUUGCGUAAUAAAGCGUCUCCUCCAAAGUCUUUAUACCCAAAGUAGAAGCCUUUGUUCUAUAUCUGCAAUUCAAUAACUCGCCUUGAACUGAAUUGAGACAAAUUCGAAACCAAUAAAGUCUUUGGUUAUAGUUGGUGUUAACAUAGCUCAUGAACAAAGUCAAUCUGUCAAACUUCUGAUAUUUGUGUAGAAAGUAUGUGGAGAAAAUAAUUAAAAAUUAGUCAUGUGCAACAUCACGUGCAAUAAUUAUUUUUAUUUUUUAUAGUGUGUAAAUAAUUUUGCCAAUUAAAUUUUCGUUAAACAUCAAUUAGUGAUAGAUCUAAUAACUGAUUAAUUAAGGAUGAAACAAAGUUUGGUUAGAUUGGUUCGUCCACGUCGUCCUGAGAGGGAUGUUGCACCAUUAUUACCUCCAUUAACACUUUAUAAAUCUAUUUUAAGAGCUCAUAUUCGUUAUUUACCGGUUGAAAUCAGAACAUUAGGUGAUUCAUAUGUUAAACAAGAAUUUCGAAAUCAUCAAAAGAUUGAUAAUCCAUUGCAUAUAGUAGGGUUUUUAACUCAAUGGCAAGAUUAUUUAAAAGCCAUGGAAGUUGGAUCAUGGACUGAAGGUAGAUUGACUAAACAAGAAUUAGAAAAAAUGUCACCCGAACAAAUUGGUCAAUUAUAUGAAUUAAUGCAAGAAACAAAGAAGAUUGGAGAGGAUAAUUAGACCAGAGAGUAGUUCAUUUUGAUUACUUUUUAUAGAGAAAAAUGUUAUUAAUAUAAGUCU